AUGCGCUGCCUAACCCUAGCGAUUAUUGUCCUGCAACUCGCACUCCAGCAUGCAUCGGCGACAGUAGGCGUCCUUGACAUUGACGACCUGCUACAACCAGAUCUCCAACAGCAUCUAUUCGCUCCAAACGAAGAUCAUCCGUAUGCUCCAUGGUCUCACAAACCGUACUGCACAGCGAGUAACUACCUCCCCACCCUUGGCCAGAAGUACUGCGUCUACACAUCCAACACGACAGGCCCACACGGCCUCUCCCUGAUCUUCCCCCCAAGAUCCGCCCAUCUAGCGUCGGAAUAUCUCGACGACAACCCGCUCGAUAAUUUCCUCACACAAAAGGAUGCUGAGCGCCUCUACUUCGGUGGUCAGCCAUGGAAAAUCGUCGACAUACCCGGAAAAGCGAAAGGCGUCGUGGCUACGCGUAAAAUCAAGAUGUACGAAACCUUCAUGGUGGAUCAAGCCGCUGUUGUUGUGGAUAUGGGGGCGGAAAAGACGUUGAGUGAGGCUGAGAAUAAGAAGCUGAUGAAGAGGGCUGUAGAUCAAUUGCUCGUGCCGGCGAUGAUCAGGGAUAUGAGUUCUGCGCAUUCGGGCAAGAGCCAUGAGGGUGAGAAUGAUGGAGAUGACGAAGAGGAGGGGGGCUUAGAGGAAGCCAUCAUGAAGACGAAUGCGUAUGGCAGUACAGUUGCGGAGGUCAGCUCGAGGGCGCUGUAUCCGCUGAUCUCGGUAGGUCGUGACGCAGUCUCAACAGCAACAUGA